ACCACGUGCGGUGUUUCGACCGGUUUUGUGCAGUCCAAGUAAUGCGUCUUUACCAAUGACGUAAUAUCUGCCUUAUUUUUUCUAUUUUUUCAUUGGUUUCUUCAAUUAGAUUGAGAUCUAGAUCUAGGUCUAAUUUAUCUGAUCUGGCCACUGAAUUAAAACAGAAAUGAAGGCAAGAAGAUGGUUGAUAAAAUUUGGCGGCUUAUCAGUAUUAUAAUUCUUAUUCUUCAAGCCAGCUUUUUGUUGCAGAACUGUAGGCUCCUGAGCAGGUACACGCUGUUGAUAAUAGUACACAUUACUGCUUCAACCCUCCCUGUGGCUACAUUCGAUUCUUCUAAAUACCAUGGAAUGAAUACUUUAUUCAGUUGGAUAACGUUUGUUGACUGGUGAUGGACAUGUUUCCAAUGGAUAAUCUCUGUACUGUUCGGUUAUACAUGUACUACUAAAUGGUGGUCAGUAUGUACUAAAUGGUCAGUAUGUACUAAAUGGUCAGUAUGUACUAAAUGUGUAUCAGUCUGAGCGAGGACAAGAUUUGCCCAAAGACAGAAACUUAAUUGAUAUGUAUGUGGCCUGAAGAAGCUGUGUGGGACAGAACAAGAAGAUCAAUGAUCUAAAGGGACGAGGGAGUCUAAGUCAGACUGUGUUCGAGAUGGACAUUGUCCGGUUGAAACUGCGUAAUAUCAGAAGUCGGAACAACUGGACUCUUGUUCUCAGACCAGUUUCAGGAGACAAAAGAUGACAGUUCUCAAGUUGUAAAACAAAUGUAGUAUUCUGGUAAUUAUCACUUGGAAUGACAUUUCGAUCACAUCUCCAACGUCUGGGCACUUCACGAUUACCUUCGUACCCAGUAGAGCUUAAUAAUGAAUGACUGAGUGUCAAGCAGGUGUCAUCACUUUAAUAAUCAAACCAUUUUGGGACCAUAUCUUUUCAAUGAAUAUUCAACUAAAAAACACUACGCAUCUUCAUCAUUCAUUUCACUUUGUAAUAAUCUUGAAAACAAUGUGCAGCCAGACUUGUUUUGAUUAGCUCAUGACUCAACUAAUUAGUCAUGGACGCCACAUUACAGUUGACAUGGUUUUCAAUUAUUCGGCCCAAUGGAUUAGCGCUCCAAUAACCAACACGAUGACCAACACGAUGACCAACACGAUGACCAACGUCAGCACUCAUCAUUCUCUGCCCACGUCAUUAUCCAGGACGUGCGAGGACGCAGACAAGUGGGAGAGUCCCGGUUACUACGUCACACUUGGCAUCGCCAUCUUUAUCGUGGCCAUCAUCGUCACCACCGUUGUCACCAACUUCAUCGUUGUUGUCGUCUUCGUCACCAGGGAGAAUCGGAAGAGAAGUAAGAACAUCUACCUGGCCAACCUGUCUCUCAUCGACCUGAUCAUAGGUGUAGGCAUCAUGCCCAUGUCUAUGCUGGGGAUCCUGAACCGGAACUGGAACCUUCCGAAUACUGCCUGCAGGGUUCACCUUGUCACUUUGCAUUCGUUGGUUUUCGCCUCACUGCUAGCCGUGCUUCUUGUCAGCGUGGACAGGUGGUACUCCAUUUGUUACCCCUUCACCUACAGGGUCAAACCUACUGGACGCAUCGCCCUAUACGCGGUUUUCUCUUCUUGGAUAUUUUCGUUUUUAAUUCACAUACCUUUGGUAGGCGUCUGGGACUUAAUGUUGGAUAUAAAGUGGACGGAAAUGGACAUGGGUUUGUGUCAGGCAUCCAGAAACCAGCAUCUAGCUAUUGUAUUUCCUCUCACACUUAUCAAAUACAUAUUUCCUCACGUGACCAUGCUUCUCUUAAAAUGCAGCCUAUAUAAGAAAAUCAAACAACGCAAGAAUGUGAACGUUAGGAGAUCCAUAAGUAGCGUCGACACCGCAGCUUUCUGUCUCAUAAGAGCGUCAAUGUCAGAAACGGCGAUGAACGCUCUUGCCGAGGCUGCAGAUAACAUCGUCUCAGCUCCUAGAGUAAGGAUCAUGUGCCCGCCUCCCAUCGAGCGGAGAAAUACCAUGGAUCUUUUCCCACCUCUCAGGCCUGGAUCUCAAAGACCAGGACCUAGCCGAAGUUGGUCAGGGUCGCCGGACCAAAGACUCAGUUUUCCAGGGCCACCGGCUUUGGUCAGAAGGAUGUCUCUGCAGGAUUGCCUGCUUUCUCAAAACAAAAGAAACAGCCGAAGUAGGUACUGGCCUAACGGUUUUGGCAACGAGAAUCAUGUCGACAACAGGAGAGCGACCAUUGGCGAUCUGGCUAAAAACUUAUUGGAUAAACAAGAUUCAAAAGCAGCUUGGUUCCUUUCUCUUCUCCUGACAACAUCAAUGACAUGUUGGACUCCCUGGACAAUCUUUAGUCUGUGUUAUCAGUUCCUGGUCUUACCAGUAUGGAUGAACCACGUAGCGUUGUGGAUACUUCUGGCCAAUUCUACCGCCAACCCCUUUCUAUAUGGCCUGUUGAACAAAGAUUUCCGCAAGGUCGUGGCCUCCUGGCUUCUGCUUAGAGGCAGCAAGAAGAAAAGGCUAAAAACAGCACUGCGCAUGCUCAGCUGGCAAAUGGCAUGGGGCACAAUGGACCUUGGCGAUGGGAGCAGAACUCCAGAGGCACGUUCUAGUCUGACUCCUUGUAAAGAAGGAGAAGAGAACUAGAGCCAGUUGCUGUGUUCAUGUCUACUUGAUGGUUUCCCUUGUAUCUCUAGUGUAAAUAUCUAUGUUAUUUAUUGAUACAUUCGUUAUAUUCAAACCAUUCAAUCCAUUUUUAUUGAUAGCGAUUAUCAUAAAGGAUUUCAAAAAUCAUUUUUUAUAAGAGAACAAAAUGUUAUAUUUCUAAACCUUUAACUGUGAUAUUUCAGACUUGUACACAGCAUUAAGUCAUAUUGUUCUAUAUUACACUUUGUAUGUUUUAAUACUCACGUGUCGCUUCUAUAAAAAGCCUAGCGGAAGUUCAAAAUUGUCUGCUUCUCAAACCACUUUUCUUCCUUUGUCCAUGUCUAACUCUUAUUCUGUUUUUUUUUUGGCCUUUGUUCUGGCCGGUCCUAUGGUGAUCUUAAGACUACUUUCUUUGGAUAAACACUUUUUGUGAUUUGUUAAUCUUAGAUGCUUUUUUGUUUUGUCAACUCCAGACAGCUUUCUUCUAAACCUUUUCCCUCUCAGACAAUGUAGGCUACAUGUGUGAAAUCUUCUUCGACUCUGUUAAGGUCGUGAGAGUGAGCCAUUGCUUUUCUUUCCAUUUUAAACGUUUUUCUUUUUGUACAACACAAUUAUAUUGUCUCUAGCUCUAUCUUAGAAAAAUACCUUUCAAAGCAUUGGUCAAGACUAAACUAAGUCACAGGUACAUUUCAAAGCAUUGGUCAAGACUAAACUAAGUCACAGGUACAUUUUAAAGCAUUUCAAAGCAUUGGUCAAGACUAAACUAAGUCACAGGUACAUUUCAAAGCAUUGAUCAAGACUAAACUAAGUCACAGGUACAUUUCAAAGCAUUGAUCAAGACUAAACUAAGUCACAGGUACAUUUCAAAGCAUUGGUCAAUACUAAACUAAGUCACAGGUACAUUUCAAAGCAUUGAUCAAGACUAAACUAAGUCACAGGUACAUUUUAAAGCAUUUCAAAGCAUUGGUCAAUACUAAACUAAGUCACAGAUACAUUUCAAAUCAUUGGUCAAGACUAAACUAAGUCACAGAUACAUUUCAAAGCAUUGGUCAAGACUAAACUAAGUCACAGAUACAUUUCAAAGCAUCGAUCAAGACUAAACUAAAGCAUUGGUCAAGACUAAACUAAGUCACACAUACAUUUCAAAGCAUCGAUCAAGACUAAGCUAAGUCGAAGAUACUUUUCUCGAACCGUCCAAUUCAUUCCAUGCGUGAUUUCUUGUUCUCCAAAGUAUUAGCAACAUUAACUGCCGUAUCUACACGUAUCUAC